AUGCGCGGACCUUCGACUGCGGCACUGCUCGUGCUCGCGAGCAUAUGCUACGACACGACCUUCUGUUUGGCGCAACAGGACCCAUUGAAGGAGCAAAAGUCCAAGGACAAAUACAAGGCAGCAUGCCCGGCUUAUGAGCACUAUGCUCGCACUGCACACCCGCCAUACAGCAAUGGCCCGGGAAAGCUGCCCUUCCAGCGACCAUCGGAGCAUUGCAGGACAUUCGAGUCGGACCUGGUAGAGAAGACGAUCCGGGACCUGAACGCAAGCAUGCUGGACCGUGACCUUGCAAGGAUCUUUGAGAACGCUUUCCCGAACACACUGGAUACGACGGUACGGUGGCAUGUCGACGGCAAAGAAAAGCAAAAGAAAGCCCACAUCUUCAGCACGGACGACGAAGACGCCUGGCAGGGGGCGCAGAGCUUCAUAGUGACAGGCGAUAUCAACGCAGAAUGGUUGCGGGAUAGUACCAAUCAACUCGCGCAGUAUCAGCGGCUGGCCAAGCACGACAAGAGCAUCUUCAAUCUGAUCCUAGGAGCGAUUGGGACGCAGGCGGAGUAUGUUAUCGAUUCUCCUUACUGCAAUGCUUUCCAGCCACCACCGCCGAGCAAGCUCCGGCCCAGCGACAACGGGCAGGGCGACUACGUGCAUCCGGCAUACGAGCCGAACUCCGUCUUUGAAUGCAAAUACGAACUUGAUAGUCUGGCUCACUUCCUCUCGCUGGGAAACCAGUUCCACGCUCAUACUGGAUCAACGGCCUUUCUGACACCGCGCUGGUACAAAGCUUUGGACAGUCUUCUGAAGGUUCUUGAUGAACAGAGCAGCUCCACGUUCCAUCACAAGGGCGGUUGGCUUCAGCGAAAUGAAUAUCGAUUUCAGCGGACCACUGUUACUGGCACCGAGACGCUCAACUUGGCGGGUAUUGGCAACCCGCUGAACUACGGCACUGGUCUUGUCAGGUCUGCUUUCAGACCGAGCGACGAUGCGACGAUUCUUGGCUUCUUCAUCCCAGCCAACGCCAUGAUUGCUGUUGAGCUCAAGCGGGCAGGUGAGAUUGUGUCUUCAGCAGGCUCUUCCGGUAUUGGCAAGGACUUGAAGGCCCGUGGCGAGACUAUCGAGAAGGGCAUCUGGGAGCAUGCUGUCGUCGACCACAAGAAGUGGGGAACGGUGUUCGCUUUCGAAGUUGAUGGCUAUGGCUCCACUAUCCUGAUGGACGACGCUAAUCUGCCUUCGCUCCUCGCAUUGCCUCUCCUCGGUUUUGUGGACAAGAACGACGAGACGUACCAGAACACGCGCAAAAUGAUCUUGAGCAAAGAAGGCAACCCAUACUUCUUGACCGGCCGCGUCUUCCAAGGUAUUGGAGGACCGCACGUCGGCUUGCAGCAUGCUUGGCCGAUGUCUUUGCUUGUCCAAGCAAUGACGAGCGACGAUGACGAGGAGAUUAAGUCACUUCUAGCAUACGUCAAAGAGGCUUCGCCGCUCGGCCUCGUUCAUGAAAGUGUGAACGUGGAGAGGCUGAAAGACUACACGCGCAGUUGGUUUGCGUGGGCCAAUUCUGUCUUUGCCCAGACAAUCAUCGACCUCGCCGAGAGAAAGCCGCACCUUCUCUUCGGAGCUGGAAAAGACAAGUAUCUCGUUGGUGGAUGA